AGCGCUUUCCUUGGCAAAUUGCAUGUUGAGAAUACUGCGCGUGCGGUUUCGCAGUUUUACUGGAAUUUCUGUAUCUUUUUUUGUAGUUAAGGCUAUCAUUUACAAAAUCUACUUUGGAGAUUGAUUGAGACCAUGUCGGCCACCAAGCGGACGGCCAGCGACGAGCCACCAGAGGAGGGAGAGCUGGACGAGCGGCCCGCCAAGGUGGCCCGGAGGGACGACCCGCCGCCCGCCACCGGCACCAAUGGAGCGGAGGAGGCGGCCGCGGCGGCCACCCCGCUGCCCAUCUCCCACCCGUUCCAGGCCCGGUUCCGCGCCGCCGAGCUGUCAGCCGGCCAGUACCAUGUGCUCGACGAGGCCGGCAGCGGCGACGGCAGCGGCGCCGAGAGCGCCGCCUCCGACUCGGACGAACUCGACGAGGACGAACUGAUGGAGAUGCUCGAUGCGGAUCUGCCGGAGAAAUUCAAAGGCACGCGACCCGUGCGGGGGCCCGGUGCUGCCGAGGACCCUGACGACGACUCAAACUACGAGCACCGCGACAAGGUGGUGCUGAAAGUGCUGGGUCGCCACCCGGUGGAGCCGCUGCCCGAGGACUGGGUGCAGGUGACGCACAUGAGCGGCAUGCCCAUCUACCUGCACCGGCAGUCGCGCGUCGUCACACUCUCGCGGCCCUACUUCCUCGGACCCGGCUCCGCCAGGAAACACGACAUUCCGCUGUACUCGGUGCCCUGUCUGCAAUAUCUCCGGGAGUUGGAGAAGGAGGGCGAACAGAAGGCGGACGCCGACCCGGCCCCGACCUGCCCGGUCACUGGGAACAGGUCAGCCUGUCCGGCCUCUGCCGGGGAGUCACAGACGCAGGUCAACGGAGUCGUGGUCACAGAGGAAGGUAUAGAAAAUACGGCAACUACCAACGGUGAGGUCACGGACGCCAAUGGCGGCGCGACUGUGGAGGCAGCUGUGGACAACACUGCCACCCAGGAUUCGGAGACGGUCGCCGCGGGUGAGGCCGCCACAGAGAGCCGGGCAGAGUCGGACGCCGUGGAGGACUCCGCUGUGGAGGACAGUGCGGCGGAGACCGACACGGCGGUCGCCACGCCAGCCGCCUCGGCCGUCUCGAGUCCGUCAGAGUCCACCCAGGCGGGAGACGAGUCCGCUGCGCCCACCCCGGCCGAGUCCGCGGCACCCUCCCCGCCCGAGUCCGCGGCACCCACCCCGCCCGAGUCCGCGGCACCCACCCCGGCCGAGUCCGCGGCCCCGACUCCAGUGGCGUCCGCGGCGCCCAGCCCCGCCGCCCCGGCCGCCGCGGGCGAGGGCCCCGCCGCGCCGGGCUCCAACGGCGUCCCCGUGGGCCCGGUACCGGUGGACGGUGUCUCGAUGGUCGACCCCUCCGUCACCCCGGAGGAGAUGCACAAGUACUGCGCGCGCCGCUUCCAGUUCAAGACGAUCCACCUGAUGAAGUUCAACACGUGGCGAGAGAGGCGUCACUACCUGCGCAAGAAGCGCACCCAGCGACCGCAGAUGUCCAGUAAGACCAAGCUGCUGUCGUUCCCAGUCCGGCCCAGCCGCAAAUCGGCCGCCGUGCCCGGCACGCGGCUCAGAGAGUGGGUGCUCAACCCGGGCGGCAAGAGUUACGUGUGUAUCCUUCACGAGUACCUGCAGCAUGUGCUGCGCGAACAGCCCGUCUACAGCUACUCGGAGCUGAAGAACGCGGCCACGCCGUACGGCGCCACGGUGUCCCUGAACUCUGUCCAGUACGGCAGCGGCUACGGCUCCAGCAAGAAGCAGGCCAAGAGCGAGGCGGCCAAGGCCACGCUGCAGAUCUUCAUCCCCAACCUGAUGGAGCAGAUCGAGGCGGACAAGACGGUGCAGGGCAGCGCCAAGCCGGCCGACAUGGAUCUGUCCUUUUUCGACUCGAUCCGACUGGAGGACCCGCGCGUGGCCGACCUCUGCAGCAAGGCGGCCGAGCCGUCCCCCUUCACAAUACUGCUGGUCUGUCUGCAGCGAAACUUCGGCCUCACCAGCAACCAGGUGGCGUGCAAGCUGCACACGACCAAACAUAAACAGAACGAGUUCGAGAUGACGGUGGGCAAGCACACGGCGCGCGUGCCGUGUAAGAACAAAAAGGACGGCAAACACCUGGCCGCCCAGUCGCUGCUCCAGCAACUGCACCCGCACGUGACGUCGUGGGGCUCCCUGCUGCGGAUGUACGGCAACCACUCGAGCAAGUCGCUGAAGGUGAAGCGGCAGGAGGAGCAGCAGAUCACGCUGCUGCAGAGCAAGGCCACCGUGAACUCGCCCAACUACGCCAUCCUCAACAAACUCCGCGAGGAGAUGGGUAAACUGCAGGAGCGUCAGGUGCGCCCGAUCGGACUGCUGCAGCUGUCCGACCUGCACGAGGAGGAACAGGGCCGCUCCGAGUCGGGCGUCACACUGGACGCGGUGGACCUCUGAGAGGGGUGUGCCGACCGACACGCCAACCUCUGAGCUACCGGCGACGGUCCGCCCAGAGCCUGAUCUCUGGUGGUGAGCGCUGCGGCCGAUGAGAGGGGUAUACCGACCGAUAUGCUGAGGUACCGUCGACCGCCCGUCAGCUGCUUGCGAUGACCGGUGCGGCCGCGCUGAGACACAAUCACCGGUACUGGAACACGAUCAUUACCGGUUCCAACGAGCGUUAGGCUGUUCUAGUCUGCGGCAGUGUGCUGGAUGAAGGUUGACGCGUGAUAUUUCGGGCCGUUGUCCAUUGAGUGUGACAUGGCUAACCUGAUUAGUACAGAUGUCAUGGAUACGGGAACCCGUGUCCGCUGUUUGACUGACCCAGCUAUCUCACGGCCGGCCAGGCUGCGACGUCUUUCCCUCAGCCGUGUUUUCAACCGCUCAGGCCAUGAACAAAAGUACAGUCAUAGUAGUCUCCUUUCGAUGGGACUGUAGUCAGCGGAUAACAGCGGGAAGACAGUUUAGACAAAUCCCUGUGGCUAGCCUGAAUGGCAGCAGAAUGGCAGAGUCCCCCGCCUGCUAGCCAUGUGGCAGAGGUUGUGCCUGCGCUCCGGUGUUAAAUGAUGAGCUUCUAGUAGUAGUGAGUGUCGUCUCUGGAGACGCCGGCUCGGGUGAAGCAGCUGCUUAAUCGAGAGUGCUGAAGUGUUUUGUACGGUGUUCUAUUGUGUGGUGCCUGUAACCAUGCUGAUGACUGUUGUAGCCCGGCGUUUUCAGUUUGGUUGAAUUUUUCUCAGUGUUCGCGAUAUCUUGAACGCCAAAGUUGCCAUAGAAUGAUACAUGGAGAUUGUAUCCUAUAAAAAUGUGAAGCUCUCCCACUCGUGGCGCGAGUUUGUGUCCCGUGUUUCAAUCUUUGGUCAUCCAGUUCACUUAUUUGCUUAAAAUCUGUUAACCUCAUUCACUUCAGUUCACAGAGAUCAGAGGUUAGUGGCAUUAAUAAUGACUAUCUAAUCAUCGCAGUACAAUUUCUCUUGUCGUCACGUAGUGUUCGCUGGCGGAUACGCAUGCCUCAAUUCCCUCAUGCUGAGGCCUCAAUAAAUAUUUUCAUUUAGA